AUGGCGUUUGGCCUGACAAUUGGGACAGAACGUUCGGCUGCCUUGCAGACAUCCAUACAAGAUGAGCUGAUGAAGCGGGGGUAUAGUCCUGAUGCUGACCCGGUCAUGGCUGAAUACAUCACAAUCAUGAUUAUUAACAACAAAACACCAACACAAAUUUUGUCUGAAUUGGAAGAUUUGAUAGGAUCGGAUUUUGAUCCCAGUUUUGUUGACUGGUUGUUUGCGGAAGCGACUAAGGGAGCACCUGAGUCGGAGGCUCCGUCCGCCACCACAGCCUCUACAUCGACACCGACGCCCGCCGUGCGCGAGUCGCCACCACAUACGACUGAAAAUACCCGACGCCCACCAAAUGCGCCACGCUCGGGCGGUCCUUUGUAUCAGCAGGCCAUCGCGCAGGCUCUGCCUUCGACUUCCCCUUCCGCGCAGAAGCGUACCGCCUCUGCGCGGUCACCAUCACCCACUGGUCCCGCGAACAAGUUGCGACGAACAGAUUUGCCCACAGGACCCCGUGCAAUGCUCAGGGACGGCCCAGCUCCCCAUCACCCACGCGAUAGCAAUGGGCCCGGUGGUUCGCGGAGCUUGCUUGACCGUAUGGCUCCGGCGCGCAACGGACACGCGCCGUACGCGCGAGACGAUAUUCAGGCACGAAUCGACACAAUUACGGGUGGGUCACCCGACCCUGCGAUGAUGAUGAUGGCUAGCGGCUUCCCUAUGGGCGGGAUGGACAUAGGCGGGAUGGGGAUGACGAAUCCGCUUUUACUGCAGGAGAUGAUGAUGAACCAGAUGGCGCUCAUGACCCAAAUGGCGGGUGCGAUGGGCAUCAUGAACCCGACCAUGAUGAACGGCGGAUUCCCGAUGCAACCGGGGAUGGGGGGCGACAUGGGAAUGUUCAAUGGUAUGCCACAGCAGAUGGCCAAUAUGGAUGGUCCUAAUGGCAGAGGCCGUGGAAGAGGCAGAGCGGGAGCUAUGCGUGGAGCAGGUCGUGGUAGGGGUGGCCACUCGGGUUCAAGCAACGCGCCAAUUGACGGCGUGCAAUUCUCGUCGUCGCCGCCACCAGCAGCCACACCUUCGCCUGCACCUGCGACAACUAUAGCUGCACCCACGCCGAUUCCUGCUCCGAAACCAGCUCCCGUCAUCGCCAGCUCAUCCUCAACAUCCAGUACCGCAUCACAGGCACGACCUGGAUUUAUUCCUCCGGAACGACCCCAGUCGCCCACUCUUUGCAAAUUUGGCCUCAAAUGUACCAAUCCUGUUUGUCGCUAUUCGCAUCCUUCGCCGGUUGCGACCCCAGAGAGCGGCGUCGUUCUGAGUAAUGAGGCUUGUGAGAGUGGAAAGAACUGCAAGGAUAAAGAUUGCAUAAAAGCGCACGUCAGUCCGGCAGUGCUGAAUCCAAAUGCCACGGAUCAUUUAAAGCCGAGCACGUUCGUGCCAACAUCCGCCCCCACUGCGCAUACACCUACACCUUGUCGAUACGGGGCUGGCUGUACGCGACCGAACUGUUCAUUCACGCAUCCCUCUCGUCCAUCCACCACCACGUCGUCCACACCAUGCAAGUUCGGAACUGCCUGUACGCGAGCGACAUGUCCCUUCCAGCAUCCCGAGGGACGCGUGCUGCCUUCGACGUUCCACCGCGGAUUGUCAACAACCGCGCCGCUGGUCAGUGUGCAGACGCCAGAAGCAGGUUCGAUGAGCUCGCAGAGCCAGCAUCGCAGCGUCGUUUUCAACAAAAGCACAACGUCUGCGACGGCGGCUGAGCUCGAAAAGAAACUGAAGGAGAUGGAGGAGAAGAAGAGCCUAGCAGAGAAGGCAGUCGCGCAGGCGGAGGCAGCUGCCGCGGGCAAGAAAGACGACGCUUCGAAGCCCGUUGCGAUCAGUGCAUGA